GUGCGGGGGGGAUUGGGGGGUGAGGGGGCAACAGGGCGUUGGGUGAUUUUGAAAAGGUCUCUAGAGAAGGGCCACGUUAAAGUAGGGAGGAGGGCUCCCCGAAACUAGCUGCCCUGGCAGGGCAGGCUGACCCGCGCCUGGGAGGAGCCCCGCGUCCUGUUGCGCCUGCCCGGGUCUGGCUGCGUGUGCGUAGGGAGUCGAGCCGCGGUGCCGCACCAGGAAGUGACUCUCCCCAGCGGCAGCGAUCCAGGCCGCCCGCUGGCUUUUUCGUGUGCCGCCUCAGAUUUAUUUGACAGAGAGAGACACAGCGAGAGAGAGAACACAAGCAGGGGGAGUGGAAGAGGGAGAAGCAGGCUUUCCUCUGAGGAGGGAGCCCAGUGAGGGGAGCUGGAUCCCAGGACCCUGAGAUCAUGACCUGAGCCGAAGGCAGAUGCAUAACUAACGGACUGAGCCAGCAGGUGUCCGAGCUCAGGUGUCCGAGCUCGUUUAAUUUUAGCACAACCCUGAAAGAGAGAGAGAGUGAGCACACAAGCAGGGGGAGCAGCAGGCAAAGUGAGCUGAAGGCAGAUGCCCAACUGAUUGAGACACCCAGGCACCCCAUGGGCUUCUCUUUUUCUGCCUCAUUGUGAAUGUCAGUGUUUCUGUGGUUGGCAGAGAUUAAAAGAAGAGUCCCAAUGCAUAGCCCGAGGUCUUUCCUCUCCAGGGUGGGUCCCCUCUCCAAACCAGGAUUGCUCCCCUGGUGUGCCACAAAACACCCAGGUUGGUCAAAGCUCUUUUUGGGCUCAGCAUGUGGGGGAAACUUCACCAACGUGAUAACCAAGAAGUGUCAAAGAGGACAGAAAAGUCAGAAGAAACCAAGCUACCUUGGACCACUUGAUAGUUCCUGGCAGGAAAGGCUAGCUGACGUUGUGACACCACUCUGGAGGCUGAGCUACGAGGAACAGCUCAAGGUUAAAUUUGAAGCUCAGAAGAAAAUUUUACAGAGACUGGAGUCUUACCUCCAGAAGCUCAAUGGAGUCAAUGUGACAACAUCUGCACCCAGAGUUGAGGGGCUCUCUUGUCUUCUCCAUCCUAUUAUCCCCUCUCCUGUCAUCAAUGGCUACCGAAAUAAGUCCACCUUCUCUGUGAACCGAGGUCCAGAUGGCAACCCAAAGACUGUGGGGUACUACCUGGGAACUUGGAGAGACAGAAGCAUCGUCUGUGUACGGUCUAACCAUCUGAAAAACAUCCCUGAGAAACACAGUCAAGUGGCACAGUAUUAUGAAGUAUUCCUUCGGCAGUCCCCAUUGGAACCCUGCCUUCUGUUUCAUGAAGGUGGGUACUGGCGUGAGCUCAUAGUGCGCACCAAUAGCCAAGGGCACACAAUGGCCAUCAUCACUUUCCAUCCCCAGGAAUUAAAACAGGAGGAGCUUGGGGUUCAGAAGGAGGCUAUAAAGAAGUUUUUCACCACUGGGCCAGGAGCUGUCUGCGACUUGACAUCACUUUACUUCCAGGAAAGCACUGUGACACGUUGCAGCCAUCAGCAGUCCCCCUAUCAACUCCUGUUUGGGGAACCCCACCUAUUUGAAGAUCUCCUGGGCUUGAAGAUCCGCAUCUCUCCAGAUGCCUUUUUCCAGAUUAACACUGCUGGUGCAGAGGUGCUGUAUAGGACAGUGGGGGAGCUGAGCAGAGUGAACUCUAACACCAUUCUCCUUGAUAUCUGCUGUGGAACCGGUGUGAUUGGUUUGUCUCUGGCUCAGUAUGCCUCCCAGAUCCUUGGGAUUGAGUUGGUGGAGCAGGCAGUAGAGGAUGCCAGGUGGACUGCAGCCUUCAAUGGCAUCACCAACUGUGAAUUCCACACUGGUCGAGCAGAGAAGAUUUUACCACAGCUACUAAAAUCAAAGGAAGAUGGGCAGGUCAUUGCUGUGGUGAACCCAGCUCGGGCAGGACUGCACUAUCAGGUGGUUCGAGCCAUUCGAAACUGCAGGGCUAUCCACACACUGAUUUUUGUUUCCUGCAAGCCCCAUGGUGAAGCCACAAGGAAUAUCAUUGAGCUGUGCUGUCCUCCAGACUCGGCUAAGAAGCUUCUUGGUGAGCCUUUUGUCCUGAGAAAAGCUGUGCCUGUGGAUCUGUUCCCCCACACCCCACACUGUGAGCUGGUGCUCCUCUUCACUCGAUAAGCAGCCUCCUGCGGGACUGCAGGCUGUUAAGGCUGAAGUUUCAGUUCCUUCCGGGUUUGGCAUCUUGCUACAUUGUAGAUCCUCAGAGCAUUAUUGGAGAAACCAGCCUUUGGAUCGAACUCAGGACCCCGAGACCAUGACCCGAGGCAAAGGCAGAGGCCUAAUCAUUGAACCACCCAGGUAACCCAAAAUCUAGCUUAAAAAAAAAAAAGCAGAGUAAGCUAUAAUGUGAUUGUGGGGUGACUGCAUGAUCUCAGAGCUUCAUUCCUUUGGGUUUUCUAGGCUUUAAAGUUCUAGAAUACCCUUUAAAAAUGGUAGGAACAAUAGCACCAAUCAGCUCUCAACUGUGGAAGGAGAAUUGGUUAUAGUAGAGACACUGGGAAAGAAGAUCUUCAAAGAAGAGACUGAAUACCUAUAAUUGUGCUAUGUAGUGUGAACACAGAAAGCUCCAGAAUCCCCUAAUGAUCCAGUAUAUACUAUAAUAAACUGGAUAUGGAAACUGA